AAAGUUAGGUAGUUAGUCAGAUAAUAGUAUUUUGAGUCUUUUUUUUCACAGUUAAAAAAAUGCAGGGAAAAUAUGCGCCAUUAGGGAACAGCGUCCCGCGGAUUGGAAAUCCCUGAUCUAGCCGUUUCCGUGGUAACCAAAAAGACCCCGCCUUCGGGCGCAUUUGAUUGGCUAACUUUGUCACAUGUUUCAUUCUGAUUGGUUCGCAAAGCCGCUACUCAUUGUAAGUUAUUUUAAUCGAAGCGUCUCCCUGAUCUUGGAGGCUGAAGUAGACUACAGAGAGACUGGAAGGAAAAGACAGCAGAAAAACCUGCCUAUCGUAACGUGAUUUCUUUGUUGGCGGUGGAAAAAGGGGCGACGUGCGAUGAGAUGGUAAGCUGAGAGGAUAACGGAAAUUUCCUAUCAUGAAUCCUGCUCAAAUCCCCUUUGUCAGAGUGAAUGAAGAGAAAGUCAUCUCAAAGUCAGAGCUGUUGUCCCUUUUGAAAACCUAUAACUGCUACCGUGAAGGAAAGAGUUUUCAGCUUCGCCUCCGAGAGGAAGGGGGUGAGUUGAUCAUGGAGGGUUUACUCAACAUCUCCUGGGGCCUGAGGAGGCCAAUCAGACUGCAGAUGCAGGAUGACCACGAGCGCUUCCACUUUGCCAGUGCAGGUUUAUGGAGGCCAGAGAGCCCAGGGAGAGACCAUAGGAAUGAAAACCAAAAGAGUCCCAUUCAGUUAUCAUUUGAGUCCAACAACAAUGAAGUUCCUGUACCAGCAAAAACCAGUGUUGAUGGUCUUAGCUCAGAAGAGGAAACUCCUCAACUUCCAAGAACGAGAAGUGAUGCCAGCUUCAUGAACGUCCAAAGAAGAUCCAGACAGCGUUCCUCAGGAGACUUACAAAGGAUUAAAAGGCAUCGCUUCUCCAUAAAUGGGCACUUUUACAACCACAAGACAUCGAUCUUCACCCCAGCUUAUGGGUCAGUAACUAAUGUUCGUGUGAGCAGUUCAAUGACAACACAGCAAGUGCUCAGUCUGCUACUGAAUAAAUUUCGGGUGGAAAAUAAAGCAGAUGAAUUUGCACUUUAUGUCGUCCAUGAAUCAGGAGAAAAGACGAAGAUUAAAGACACUGAAUAUCCCUUGGUGUCACGUGUGCUACAUGGGCCAUGUGAAAGAAUUGCCAAACUUUUUAUUAUGGAAAAGGAUCUGGGUGAAGAGGUUACUUGUGAUGUUGCACAGUACAUAAAGUUUGAGAUGCCUGUGUUGAAUAGCUUUGUCACAAAACUGAGGGAAGAAGAGGAGAGAGAGAUUUCAAAACUGACAGAAAAGUAUGGUGUACUGAAAUCAAUAAUAUUACAGCAGCUAAAGGAUAUUUCUGAACGUGCAGACUGUGUGUGAGAAGAUGUAGAUUUUUUUACUUGUUUUGACUGAGGACAUACUAGAUGCAAUAAGUUUUAUACCUAGGUGUUUACAAGUACCAAUAACUGAUUUCACAUAGAAUACUCAGGAGUGACACACAAUACCAGAUGCUACUGUUAAAAUACUUUAUAAAGCACUUAAGUAUUUUUAAAUGCUGUUUUUUUUUUUGUUUUUGUAUUUUUGAAUAGAGUUAGUGACACUUAUUGAGCUACAUAUCAUGACUUUACACUGAAUGUAUUUAGUUGAACAUAAUACACUAUUAUUGUUUUUUAAGAAUAUAUAAUAAUAAAUUUUCUUUAUACAGAUGCAUAUAACUAUGUCUGUGUAGUUUGUGGUAAUUCUAGUAAAAAGUAUUAAUUGUAAGCUGUGUAUGUUUCUGCUAUAUUUGAUUCCACAAUGCAAAAGGAGGCACUCCAAACAUGUAUAAGUGCAAAGAACAUACAGCAGCAGCAAAUCAGGAAACACAAUAACAAAACCAAAACACAGCAAUAAAUUCAGAAACAUGUUAAUGUCAGCUAAAAAGAGUUGGCCUGUACUGAAUAUCACAUGCUCACUGCUGCUUUUCAGUCUGUUAUCUAGUCUAAUGAUGUUAUUAUAGGGAGGAGUGAUUCAUUCUUCUGAAUAACCUGGCUUCCUUUUUCAGCACUCACAUGCUCAUAUUAAUGCUGUGCAAAUUUGGCAGUGUAUGUAAAAAAAAAAAAAAAAAAAAAAAAAAAAAAAAACUUAUAUGAAUACCCUUGAUAAAAAUAAGCACAAAUAAAAGCAUAAGUAGAUUCAUUUAAACUCAUAUUUCCUGUACUCUCAGUGUAAACAUCCUCCAGUUCUUCAUUUUCAAAGGUCUUUCAGACUGACACACACUGUAACCAAUCAGCAACAAGCAUGUGAUGUUCUGCAAGGACCCACCCUUUCUGUUUUGAGUUAAAGUUGAUGUGUUUUCUAAUUUGCUGUUGUAAUUUUGCUUUUAAUAUGGUUUAAUAUGUUUUGUACUUUCAGGCCACCAUAGGAGCAAAAUACAACAUGAUACAUCAGGCCUACAAAGAAUUUGAUUUCCAGCAGUUGAUUUCAACUGUGACAGUUAAAUAUUAUAUAUUUUCAUUGCUCUGCUCUUAUACCUCACUGUUAUACACAUGUUGUUAUUAUGCUACAUGAGUAAUAUUAUCUCAAUUCAUUGUCGGAGUCGUUUUCCUUAAGAAGAAAAAAGUAAUUCGCCGUUUCCUGCAUGCUCACAAUGAGUCCUGCAGAGCUACUCAUUGUUCUGUGAGUGACCUAUGGAGUGUAGCAGUUCCCACGAGCUAUUCCAGGAGCUGUUUUGAUGAGAAUAAGACAAGUAAUCAGUGCCUGCUGGCAGGAGUGCCACUCUUACACAGUGGCAUCAUGGGAAACAAUGUAGAGCCAAUUUCUCAGGAACCACUUUUCUGAUUGAUAUUUCUGCUCUGAUUGUGUUGAAAUCCUCUCUGCUCCAUCUGUGUACUAGUCUGUAAAUGGUUUUCUAUUAAUGAUGUUAAAAAGCUUGACAUUUUUGGCUAUUUUAUUAUUUUUUUUAUUAAAAUUAUAUUGUGACCA